CACAGCUUUCUGCUGCAAAACAUCUGAAAGGAGGCACAGCAAGCCUAAAUCUCUUCUGCAGGGGUGAUUGAUGUGCAGAGGGAUGAACUUCUGACUUCUAGUGUUGUUUCAUGAUGGAGGGAGCACUGUUAAGUGUGCCAUGUGUGAGUGUACAGACUUGAGCAGCAGGGAGGGAGAGUGUGUGUGUGUUUUUAGAGAGGUUUCCUCUCAGUUGUUCCACCUCUCAAUCUGACAGCAGCGGCAACAGCAGCUUGCUUUUUUUUUUCUUCCUCCGCCUUCCUCAACUGUGGAGAAAGUCCACCAGGUGAUGAUGGCCAUGUUGACUGUAAGCUUGAGUCUGCUGUUCCUCCUCCCCUUGGUUUGCUGCAGCCCCUCUCAAUCCAGAUCUCCAUCCAGACUCUGCAGACGAUGCUGCGACCAGCAGGAUGCUCCAGCCACCACGGCUCAUUAUCAAAUGCCUGAAGUCAAAACUGUUAUCAACAUGACCAUUCUCAAAGGUGAUAAAGGUGACAGAGGAGACAAAGGCACACCCGGGAAACCGGGUCUGGAGGGACCUUCUGGACAGCAAGGACCCAUGGGCCCAAAAGGCAGCAAAGGCCAGCCAGGUGCUCCCGGAGAUGCCUGCAAGGUCCUUCACUCUUCCUUUUCCGUGGGGCGUCGCAAGUCUCUGCACAGCGUGGAUUAUUACCAGGCUCUGGUCUUUGACACAGUGUUCGUCAAUCUCCACGAGCACUUCAACAUGUUUAAAGGGAAGUUCUACUGCUACGUGCCAGGAAUCUACUUCUUUAACAUCAACAUCCACACCUGGAACUUCAAGGAGACCUACCUGCACCUUAUGCACAACGAUAAGGAGAAAGUGAUCCUUUAUGCUCAGCCUAGCGAGAGGUCCAUCAUGCAGAGUCAGAGCGUCAUGCUGGAUCUGGCUCUGAAUGAUGAGGUCUGGGUCCGGCUCUACAAAAGGGAGAGGGAGAAUGCUAUAUACAGCGAUGAUGUGGAUAUUUACAUCACAUUCAACGGCUACCUGGUGGCACCUAAUGUCUCCAGUAAAACUGGAAAUAAAUGAGGAUUGGCAUAA